AUGGGUAGCUGUGGCGUGGGCAAGAGUGCGCUGAUCGGUCAACUGGUCAAGAGCUGCACUGUGACAGACCUCACCAUUAAAGAUUUAUAUCCCCAAGUAGUGGUGGAUGGCGAGCCCUGCCAGCUGGAAAUCCUGGAGACCGCAGGCAGUGAGCAGAACCCAAAUCAGUUUCUGGAGUUCCUGCGCUGUGGGGACGGCUUCCUCUGUGUCUAUGCGGUGGACGACAUCAAAUCCUUUGUGACCGUGAACAUCUUCCGGGACCAGCUGCUCAGGGCAAAGAACACCGACCGCGUUCCUUUUGUCCUUGUCUCCAACAAGAUUGACAUCGCCAAUUGGUUGGUGACGCCGAUGCUAGCGGAGGAGACGGCCAAGAACUUCAGGGUGCCCUUUGUGGAGACCUCGGCCAAGACCUGUCAGAACGUGGAAUAUGUAUUUCAUGAGCUGAUCCGCGAAAUCCGGAAGAUGCCAGCCAAGGAGCCCAGGAACCUCCCUAGUGCUGAGCAGAACCAGGGCUGUGGGUUCAAGUAUUGCACAAUCAUGUGA